UUUUGACAGUUUUUUGAAAAAUUCCCUUAGGCUGCUUGUGUUAUCGUUAGGGCCCUAAAAACGACGUUAAUUCCAUCAUGUUUUAAAGUUACUUGCAGUAUUACAAGUGUUCUCCGAAUCCUUCAUCGGCUAAUGCUAAUGGCUCAGUUAACGAUAAAUUAAAUAAGUAUCGACAUAGGUGUUAUUUUUUGAGUCUAAUCAUGGCUCACGAGCAAGAGGAUCCCACGUGUGUUAUCAAAAUGUUGGACGACUUUCGUGCUGGUUGCCUUCCACCUCCCUCUCGAGGUUUAUCGAGUCUUAAUUUUCCCUUUAGGUAUGGCUCAACCUCUGCAAGCUCCCACCAUGGCUCUAAGCCUAUGAGACUAAACUUUGAUGAUUCUGAAGUGACGGACUGUUUCUUAUCAGCCAGGAAGCGGAAGCUCGACUCAACGAAUGAGUCCAUUGAUUCAGAGGGGCACAAAACUAUGAAUGAAAGCUCCAUUGUUGCAUCGCCAUGGGAAACUCGAAGAAUUCAAGGUGAACUAUUAGAGGCGCGGGCCCAAAUUGCAGGGUUGGAAAAAAGGUUGAGUCAAGUUCAUACAAUUAAACGAGAGACUGAAAUUAUGAUGGAAGCUGAGAAAAAUGAUAUUACUCAAGCCUUAUGCAGAGAGCGAAAAAAUGUAACAGAACUUGAAAAACGCCUGGCCACUGUUCGAAAGCGUGAAGCUGAGGUGCGCGAGGAAUUAGCUCAGAUGAAAACUUCUCUUGGCAAAAAGGUCGCCAAUUUGGAAGAAAAAUGUCAACUUUUGGUCAUCGAGAAUACACAAUUCCGGGACCAAGUGAAUGAGUUGAAAUCUAAAGUUUCGGAAAGUGGUGGUGAGUCAGGACGCAGGAUGAAUGAAUUGGAGAGUGAACGAUCAAUCUUCAAAGAAGAAGCAGAGCGGUACAAGCAACUGACUGAGGAGUUGAGUGCAGACCUCAAAGAGAAGAGGAAAGAACUUCGGCAAUGGGAAAUGGAUAAAACAAAACUUCUUGUGGCACAACAAAGAAUUAAGGAUAUGGAAUACGAGAAAGAGUCAUACCAAGAAGCAGCUGCGUUAGCAAAGUCUCAGCAUACCAAAUUGCUAAAAAUUCCUCAGCUGGAAAAAGAAAUUGCAUCUCUGCAACAUGAAAAUAGGCAACUUAGGGACACCAUUGGCAACAAAUUAUAUUUUGAAAAUUUAGUGGAAAGCUUACAAGAGAAAGUGAAAUUAACAGACUCUUACGAAAAAGAGCUAAUCCAUCUGAGAGCUGAAAACAAACACAUAAGUCUACAAUUAGAUGAGUGGAAAAGUCUGGGAAAAUGCUUUAAUCUGAAGGACAUGGCAGAUGUGUGCAGCCCGCUCUCCUUACGGCGGUCAAUCCAACAAUUGAUGCAGCAGGAGGUUGUAUUAACGUCAGAGAAAGCUCAACUCAAAAUGAGAUGUAGAGCUCUAGAAGAAGCAAACGCUGCGGUUGCUGCGGAGUCAGCAAAAAAAGAGGAGAAAAUUGCACAACUUCAAGCCACAAUUGAACAACAUUCAUCCCUCAUCAAAAGGAUGAAGAAACAACUAACAUUGAUAACAUGGGAAAGGAAUGACUUAAGGACUCUUGUAGACUCCUGUCAAAAAGAAUACUCCAUAAUUGCUCACACAACUCUAGAUGCUCAAAAUAUGAACAAGCUGGAGAAUUUAGAAAAAGUCAUUGAAGGUUACCGACAGCGCAUGGAAACUUUAGAAAAAGACCCCUCUUUAGCUCAGACCGAUGUUCCAGGUUUUCCAAAUAGCCCUGUGAAUGGGAAUUUUAAAGCUGAGCGAGACGCUUUAUUAAAGGAAAAAGAGCAAUUGUUGAAAACUGAAGAACAGUUGAAACUUGAAAAGCAACGUUUGCUGAGUGAGAUUGAAGAGUUGAAGAUUCAAAUGGAGUAUAGAGCUCUCAAAGGCGACUUCGACACUAGGGACACAAAAAUCCUGCAUCUCAAAAUGAACCCAACGUCAAUUGCCACUGCAAAUCUGAAUGACAAACUCAGCGAAUGUAAACUAGAAAAUGACCGACUGAGGGAAAGAAUUAAGGUCCUUGAGGAAGGCAACGAACAAGAUGUUACAAGGAUAGUGGAAGAGAGAGUGCAAAGCUGCAACUCGAAAGAAGUAGAUGAGUUGAGGGAAAAAGUGCGCUCAUCAGAAUUGCAAAAUCAAAGGCUACGUGAAGUGUUCAAAGUAAAAAGCCAGGAGUAUAGAGAGGCAAUAUACAUCCUCUUUGGCUACAAGGUAGAUGGUCUUCCAAACAAGGUCUAUCGCUUGUCUAGUGUUUAUGCCGAGGGUCCUGAAGAGUAUCUUAUAUUUCAGGAGUCAGAGAGUGGGAACAUGGAUAUGCUAGAAACUCCAUUCUCGCAAACUCUUGGUGAUCUCAUAUCGCUUCACUUGACUCAUCAGCACUCUUUACCUAUGUUCCUCGCAGCUUUAACUACAAAUCUUUUUGAAAAGCACAGCAUGACAAUCACAAACCCUAUUGUCAUUGAUUAGAAUUUCCCACUGUUUUGCUAGUUAGUAAGAAUCUAUCCAACAGGAAGCAGUCUAGACACUUUAUUACCUUGUUGAGCAAAUCACAAGAUCUGGAUUAAUCAUAUCACAACAUUUUCAUAUCACAACAGUACUAUUAAAGCUCUUAAAAUGAUUCAAAAUCCGACUAGGAACUCAAAUAAAGCUUACUGUCAAUGUCAAUAAACCACUAAUCUGUAACAAGUGAGCAAAGCAAAGCUUGUAACGACAGAAGAAGUUAAAAAUUGUUUAAGUUUAUCUAGAAGGAAUGAAGUAUGUAUAUCAACACAUCUGGAAAGACUGUAUCUGUGUAGGAAACUUGAUGGGCGAUUUGUUGUUUCUUUAACAAGUGAUGAAAGGUCCUUUUCUCUUAAAUCGGUGAAAAUAAUACUGCAUUGAAGGAAAAAAUUAGAUAAAGAUAUGAACAAGGAUCUAAGGCUUAAGGUUAUUAUCCAAAUGAUAAGUUGUAUAGUAAACCAGCGAAAGAGAGAAUUAUAACAGUUUUAUUGUUUUUUAGCUAUCCUAUCUUUUUUAUUCGAUUAUUUUACUUGUCUUUGCGGUGAUUGAUUGGCUGGAUUUAAACCAGAAUCAGCCUAACCACAUCAAACUUGCCGAAUUUCCUCUCUUGUUUUUUUUCUACAGAAAA